UCGGUCGUAAACGUCGUCGUUUGUAAACCUUAAAAGCUCGUCGUCUACAACUCGAGGUCAUUUUCCCUUCUGCAGUAUCUACAGCUCGAUCAAAGAGCCAUGGCUUCUUCGAUAGCUUCGAUGGCUGCUCGCCGAGCCGCAGCAUUCAAUCGAAUCGCCUCACCUAGCUCAGCGUCUCAGGCUGCUUCUCUUGUUCAGCGUCGCGGUCUCGCCGGCGCUGCUGAUCACCAUGGACCUCCGAAGGUGAACUUCUGGCAAGACCCAAUGAGUCCGUCUAUAUGGAAGGAAGAGCAUUUUGUACUCAUCUCUUUGUCUGGCUGGGGUUUGGUUUUCUAUGGUGGAUACAAGUUCUUCACAGGUGGCAAGAAAAAUAAGGAAGAGACUCCGGUCCAAACAUCUCACUGAAGCUGGAAAUUUGGAAAUCAAUCUUGAAGAGUGCAAUUUUAGAGAGUUGGGCAUUUGGCAAACUCCCUUGUAAUAGUUAUCUCACAAGGCAUUUACUUUGUCACUUUGUUUUAUCUUUCCCCAUUCCAUUUGGGAAACUAUCAUUAUUGCUCUACAAUUGUCACAGAUAACAUUUAUUGCAUAAAAUUUUGAAUUACCAUUGCAUUGCUUAAA